AUGAAACUCCAUUUCAACUCUCUCCACACCACCUCCGAGACACCAGCAGCUUUCACACUUGCUUGUCAAACCAAAAGCAUGUUUCUUGCAAAGGCUUUAUUGGAAGGGGCCGAUCGAGGUCUUGGAGAAGCUCUUGGAGGCCUUCUUAGAGGAGGCGGUCAGAGAAGAGGAGGAGGAGGAGGAGGAGGAGGAGGAGGAGGAGGAAAUUUCGGAGGGAUAGUUGGAGGAAUCGUGAAUUUCAUCAGCGAGGCCGCGGCAGCUCAGUACACCCCAGAACCGCCUCCCACUCAGCAGCAUUUCACGACCGUGGAGGCUAAUGAAAGUGAGGAAGUUCGUCGGUUUCGACAGCAGUUUGCCCAGCUGGCGGGACCGGACAUGGAGGUGGGUGCCACCGACCUAAUGACUAUUCUCAACAAAGUCCUUUCCAAGCACAAGGACCUGAAGACCGACGGCUUCAGCCUUGACACCUGCCGGAGCAUCGUGUCCGUGAUGGACAGUGACACGACCGGCAAGCUGGGCUUUGAAGAAUUUAAGUACCUCUGGAACAACAUCAAGAAGUGGCAGUGUGUUUAUAGGCAGUAUGACAGGGACCGCUCUGGGUUCCUGAGAAGUUCCCAGCUGCGCGAGGCCCUGCGGGCAGCGGGUUUCCAGCUAAACGAGCAGCUUUACCAAAUGAUCAUCCGCCGCUAUGCUGAUGAGGAUGGCAGCAUGGAUUUCAACAACUUCAUCAGCUGUCUGGUCCGUCUGGAUGCCAUGUUCCGCGCCUUCAGAUCCCUGGAUAGGGACGCAGACGGUCUGGUUCAAGUGUCCCUCCAAGACUGGCUGCAACUGACCAUGUAUUCCUGA